AUGACAGCAAGACUUCUAGGAACACUGCUGACUGUGCUGUUCCUUGGUCUCUUUGGGAUCCUGGAGGCAACAAAAAUAUCAUGCAGAAAUGAAGACGGUGAGGCUGUGGAUUGGUUUACCUUUUAUAAGUUGCCCAAAAGGCAAGAUGAGGAAAGCAGAGAGACUGGGUUAGAGUACCUGUACCUAGACUCUACAACCAGAAGCUGGAGCAGGAGUAAGCAACUAAUGAAUGCCACCAAGAGUGUUUUGGGAAGGACAUUACAACAACUAUAUGCAGCAUCUGCCUCCAAGAAUAACAGCACAGCCUAUCUAAUAUACAAUGAUGGAGUCCCUAAAUCCGUGAAUUACAGCAGAAAAUAUGGACACAGCAAAGGUGUACUUCUGUGGAACAGAGUCCAGGGGUUCUGGUUGAUUCAUUCCAUUCCCCAUUUUCCUCCAGUUCCUGAAGAAGGCUAUGAUUAUCCACCCACAGGGAGACGAAAUGGACAAACUGGCAUCUGCAUAACUUUCAAGUACAACCAGUAUGAAGCAAUAGACUCUCAGCUCUUGGUCUACAACCCAAAUAUUUACAGCUGCUCCAUCCCUGUAACCUUUCACAUGGAACUCAUCCACAUGCCCCAGCUGUGUGCUGGAUCCAGCUCCUCAGAGAUCCCAGGCCGGCACCUGGCCACACUUCAGUCAGCCCAGGGACAAAAAUUCCUCCAUUUUGCAAAGUCUGAUUCUUUUCUUGACGACAUCUUUGCAGCCUGGAUGGCUCAACAGUUGAAGACACACUUGCUAACAGAAACCUGGCAGCGAAAGAGACAAGAGCUUCCUUCAAACUGCUCCCUUCCUCACCAUGUCUACAAUAUCAGAGCAAUUAAGAUAUCUAGACACUCUUAUUUCAGCUCUUAUCAGGAUCAUGCCAAAUGGUGUAUUUCCCACAAGGGCACCAAAAAUCGCUGGACAUGUAUUGGAGACCUAAAUCGGAGUCCAUACCAAGCCUUCAGAAGUGGUGGAUUCAUCUGUACCCAGAAUCAGCACAUUUACCGAGCAUUUCAAGGAUUAGUUUUAUAUUAUGAGAAUUGUAACUAA